UUUUAAACAGAUGCGUUGUUUGUGCUGUCUUGCAGGAAGUGAAUGUAGUGCUUUGUGCUAUCACGUGAAACGUGUGGUUUUUACAUAAUUAAUUUCACCUCCUAAUCCUCUGUCUUAUGGGAAAGACACAGAUCUUUUCAUUAUAAAGACUUAUUUUUCUUUAACAAUUAAAAGCAUAUUUUUUCAAGCACUUUGUUAAAAAUGGAUGGUUUUCAGACAGUUUUCAAAUUCUUCUUAAAUCAGAAGACAACUAUCGGAUACAGCUUCAUGGCACUCCUGACUGUGGGUGGGGAGCGAAUUUUUUCAAUGGUUUCUUUCCAGUGCCCGUGCAACAAAAGCCAAAAUUUUAUUUAUGGACUUGUUUUCAUUGUGGGACCGGCUCUAGUGCUCCUCAUCGUUGGCUAUUUCCUCAGCUCCAGGACAUGGAAGCUCUUCACUGGCUGUUGUCUAAACCCGAGGAAGCUGUGUCCUAAGGGAAACUCCUGCAACUGCGUGUAUGUCUUUGCACAGAUCACGGUGGGGGCUUGCAUUCCCCCUGUGAUGUGGCUCACUGUGGCUUUGUUGAACGGCACCUUCUACGAAUGUGCUGUGAGCGGCCUGGAGAAUAACCAUGUAGUCGACUUGUUCUGUAAGGGUAAAACUGAUACGUGCCGGGUAGAACUACCAAGGGUGCCCUGUGGAAAAUCCAGCCUGUCUCCAGCAGACAACCAAGAGCUUCUGCUGAUGCUACGGGCACAGUCCCAGAUACUGGGCUGGUUGAUUGUCUGUAUUGCCACAGUCGUGGGCUUGAUCGGCACCUGUUACAAGAACUGCAGGUCUCAAGUGAGUUACCUCCAACUCAAGUUCUGGAGAAAGUACAUAGAGAAGGAAAAGGAGCAUUUCGACACCUAUGCUACAGAGUAUGCUACAAAACUGGCAGACAGAAAUCUGAAGAGCUUCUUUGAAAACAAGGACCCAGAGGCCUUUCCUUUCCCCAAUCACAGCGCAUGGGAAGAUAUCUCCUCCUUGUAUACCUUCUGUAGGAGCGAGCAAUAUUACAGCACCCUGCAGAGGUACGUGGAGAAAGGCAACAAGGACAAAGAUGAUGAAAUGAAGUGUGCCCUGGAUUUUGUUGAUGGGAUAGAAAUGAUGUGAUACAAAAAUGUUUUGAAGCAUCUGACAGUCUGCCAGUGGGAUCCUGUUUUGCAUCGCUUUGUAUAGAGUCUCUAUGCAUCCAGAAUGCUUCUGGUUGGAUCUUGGUUUUACAAGGUUUUUGUUUUAAAAUGACUUCACAGAUAAAGGCUCCAGUGCAUAACAAUUAGUCAUCAUUUUGCACACCCUAAAGACCUGAAUUGUUACCGUGGAUGGACAACAACUGGACAGUACCAUGCCAAUUUCCUCUUACAUUUACAUAAUACGGAAUGUUCCUUUCAACUGUUGUCAGCUAACAUAACAAUCCAUGUUUCAGGUGUCUUAUUUAGCUUAUGAAAUGUUUAUUAUUUUAAAACUGAUUCUCAUGAACUAUUGGUUGUACUCUGUUAACCAUUAGAAUGUUUGCAGCCAGUCAGGAUGCAGGAAAUUUCCAAGCCAUUUUAUAAGGUCAGUAGGUAGUUUCUAUCCAACUGUGGAACAUGCAGGUCUAUACGAGGAUGACGCAACCAGAAACAGUUAUUCAUUCAUAUACAAAAAGUAUAAACGCUCUAUUUUUUUGUACUGUUAAUCUUUUGCCUUGGCCCAAGACGACACAAUUAAAGUGACUGUAACAUUCCUGCAAUUCUUAUGAUGUACAGAAAAUGAAUGCACCUGCAAUUACAAAGAUACCAAUCUACCCCUUUUUAUAUACUUAACCAACAUUAACAAUCUUUGUUCUGUGCAUGGUUCAAUAACCCAAUAUCAAAUGUUACUGUAUGCUAAAACAUCCUUGCUAUUAAUAUCACUCAAAACUGCAUGUUAAAAGGAUUAUAUUUAUUAAUAGACUAACUGAUGCAACAUGGGGACCCUUCAGAAAUAUGAUAAGAUAUAAUUUCUGGAUUGCUGAGAGCUGUAGAACAUGUAGUACCAUACAAAUUAUAUAAUAUUGUCUAGUGACUCAAUUACAGUUAUAAUUACAAAGAUCUAUGCAUGCACUUUUUACAACAUUAGUUCUACAGUACUUUUCUUUCUUCAUGCAUCAUAAUUUUGAGCUUAUUCCAAAAUUGUUCAAUUUACUUAGUUUUAUUUGGACAACACAAAGGGAAUUGUUUUUGACUCUCUUAAAUUGUUUUCUAAAAUACUGGAUUAAUACAAUUUUGUGUAUGUAUUUGUAUAUUGAAGCUAAAAUACAUUUCACCU